AUGAACGAUAUUCUGGAUACGACGAUAUUUGAAAAUAUUGCAAAUGAAACUCUAAUUAACUUCAAUUCGACAACAACUGAAUACUUUACCAAUAAUUCUUAUGUUAACCAAACAGCAGAAAAUUUAACUUUAUCAGAAUGUGGAGAAGCGGAUUCGGAUAACGAACUGUUCGAGUUUUGGUCGAAUGGGAUUCUUCUGAAUGUUGUCGGCGUUCUUGGCAUUUUUGGCAACAUCUUGUCAAUGAUAAUUCUGUCUCGUCCACAGAUGCGUUCAAGCAUAAAUUAUCUGCUAAUUGGACUUGCUCGCUGUGAUACUAUUUUAAUUUUAACGUCCAUGUUACUCUUCGGAGUGCCCGCCAUCUAUCCUUACACAGGAUACUUGAGAUAUUACUCUCUUCGACUACUACCAGAGAUCUCACAGUUCGUCUAUCCCAUCGCAAUGACAGCUCAAACCGCCAGUGUUUACUUAACUUUAACUGUGACCCUCGAACGUUAUGUUGCCGUCUGUCAUCCGCUUCGUGCGCGGGCUCUCUGCACUUAUGGUCGUGCUCGUCUCUACGUGGUCGUCAUCAUUGCUUUCUCAUUCUUAUACAAUAUUCCUCGUUUCUUUGAAGUCGAACUCAUGAAAUAUAGCGACUACCAAUAUGGUUAUGUGUAUUGCAUCUCAGCUUCCAAAUUGAGGGCUGAAAAGCUUUACAUCAACAUCUACAUUCAUUGGCUUUAUCUGAUCUUCAUCUAUUUUAUUCCCUUCCUAAGUAUCACGUUCUUCAACGCGAUGAUCUAUCGACAAGUGCGACGAGCGAAUCGCGAGCGACAAAGACUGAGUCGGACAGAGAAACGAGAGAUUGGACUUGCCACGAUGCUUUUCUGUGUCGUCAUUGUAUUCAUUUGCUGUAAUAUUUUAGCCUUACUGAUAAAUAUCAUUGAAGCAUUUACCGGAAUAAUUUACGAUCCAGUGGUGAAAACGUCAAAUCUUCUCGUGACCAUAAAUUCGAGUGUGAAUUUCAUCAUUUAUGUGAUAUUCGGCGAGAAGUUCAAAAGAAUUUUCCUUCAGUUAUUUUGUAAAUUCCGACGAGUCGGUCGCGAUUCUCCCGAAGGAUUUGUGCACGACGACAGUUCAUUCUCCAAUGGAGAUGCCAGUAAUCGUAACUCGGGGCGAUUCCAACGAUCCGGAACGACUCGAAGUACGUCUAGGAAUGGAACGAGUAUAAAAACAAAUAGAAUAACAAGAACACAAAGAGCACCGUCACCUGGGCCAAUUGUUUAUUAUCCAGCACGGGAAACGUUGCCAAGACCAUCGGCAAUAUCAAUAACACGCAGCACAUCUCUGAUGAAUGCAGACUGGGAACGGGAAGACAUCAACGGAAAUGCACUCAUAAUGACGUCGGGCUUUUAA